AUGAUAAGCGAUAAUAAUUUAUUGUGAUAACAAUUUAGAAAUAUAAAUUAUUUACAAGUAAGCACGUGUAGUUGUACCUAAUCAAUAUUACAUAAUAAGAGAAAAAUAUAAAUCUUAUAUUAAAAUUAAUACUAAUUAAAACAUAUUGAUAUCUUGUUCAGAAGCUUGUCACAUUAUUUUCAAUUUUCAUAAAUUGCUUAGUGUUUUGCUAUAUAAGUCAUAUUACAAGUUCCAAUACGAAUUCCUUCUUUGAAAAUCAAUAACUGUGUAACAAAGAACCAAAAUGACGUCUAAAACAUUCCAAGGUGUUGUGGAUAGAUAUAAUGGGAUUACUGUGGACUCUCUGGAAGAACCCUGUGACCCAAAUCAAUUUUUGGAUCAGUUAUUAGCUUCUCUAAAGCAAUGGGAGGAAGAAAAUAGAAGAUGCAUUUGGUUUAAGAUCUACAUCAAUGAUGCAGCCCUUAUACCAAUUCUUGCAAAUGAGGGUUUUAACUUCCAUCACUCCAGAAAUAACUUUGUCAUGAUGUACAAAUGGUUACCAAAAAACAGUACAGCUAACUUACCACCAGCUUGCCAUACAAAUCUAGGAGUUGGUGGUUUAGUUUUGAAUAACAAGAAUGAAAUGCUUGUAGUAACAGAAAAGCAUUAUGAAUACCCCCAUUGGAAACUUCCGGGAGGUUAUGUUGAAAGAGGUGAGGAUAUUAAGGAUGCAGCCAUACGAGAGGUGAAAGAAGAAACUGGUAUUGAUGCCACCUUUGAGUCAAUGAUUACCUUGAGACACACACACAAUGCUAUGUUUGGUAAUUCAGAUAUUUAUGUUGUUGUUUUAUUAACAGCUACUUCAACAGCUAUAACAAAAUCAGAGUUUGAAAUAAAAGAUUGUAAAUGGAUGAGUGUAGAUGAGUUUUUAAAUCAUCCACAUGCUCAUGAAUUUAAUAAAUUUAUUGUAAGCCAAGCACUCGAUUUAAAGGAUAGAGGUAUUAAAUUCAAUCUUCAAAAAAGUAAUAUAACUGUUGGGACAUGGUCAAGGGCUAUAACCUCACUCACUAUAGAAAAUAUUUAAAAAAUUUAUAACACAUUACAAAUUUUUUUAUACAUACUAAGAGAAAUAAUUUAAAAUUUCAAGUAGAUUGCUACCUCAAUAAAAAUAAUGGAUUAUAUUAUAUAAAAUGUAGUAAAUUGUUACAAAUAUACAGUAAUUCACGUUUAUUAAAAUGUAAGUAUUGUAAAUAUUGUAAAAUGUUAUAACUGAUUCUAAAUCUGUUGUGUCUUAUUUAAUAUGAAUUAACAAUUAUGUUGGCUUUUAAAAGAAUCGAAACUGAACUGUGAUCAAUUGUAUAUAUUUAAAAUAACUCCAGCUUGUUAUUGAAAUACUAGUUGACUUUAAAAAAUAAAACUUGUAUUUGUAUUUUUUUUA